CUCUAAACUUGCUUUCAAUUCAUUGGCUAAUUUUCUACUCUUUAAAACCACCCCCAUCACCCCUCUUCCAUUUCCAUACCUUUUUGAGUGUUCAAACAUAAAGUUUGAGAGAAAACAAAGUCACCACCAUGAUCAAGACCUUGAAUCCUUAUUCAGCUAAAACAGCUGAAAUUAUGUCUAGGUACCGUCCUAUAGCUCCUAAACCUGAAGUGUUACCUGAAAACUCCAUUGAUGAAAGCUCAGCUAUGUCUCAAAAGAUGAGACAGUCACCUUAUUUGAGGAAUUUAUGGCCUCAGUUACAAGCUCGACCUAGUAGGAAUAGAAAGAGAGGGAGAGGUACUGGCUUAUCACCACCACCGCCAACAACAACAGCAAUGAAAAGAGCAAGAACCCAAUAUUUCUUAGGGCUUUCUCCACCACCGCCGCCGCCGCCGCCACCACCAUCAUCAACAACAAGUUUGGUCUCACUCCCUCUUCUUCCAUGUUUAAAGGUGGCUGCUCAUGAAAUACCGGAAGAGAAGGAUUUUUUGAAGCAGCUCCAAGGUCUUCCUGUUCUUCCCACUAGUAGUCUUAUAACACCUCAGCCAAUUAGACCAGUGGGUUCAACCAUCAUUGUUGGGUGCAUUAAUGAAGCACCAGCACCAGCAGCACCAUUGCAAGCCCCUAAGAAACCAGAGGAGGUUGAAGAUGAUAUAGAAUCUGAGUCCAUGCCAACAAUUAUAUCUGAUUCCAACAACAAAGUCAGGCUAGCAAACUCAGCUUACAAAGCCAUGGUGGGUCAACCUGAAUGUCCCUGGCUUGAUUCCAUGGUGAAAGGCAGUGAAUGCAAGAGAAUUUGUGGGGAAGUGAUGCUUAAUCUAUCUAAUUCAAGGGUGCCUGUUAAAUCAAAAGGGUUCUCUUGUUGGGUGAGGAUUGAAUGGGGAAAUGAAGGGAACAAUAGCAACAACAAAGGGUCGAUCACAGCCUUUUGUGAUGUAGUGAGAUUAUCUUGCCAGUCAAAAGACUAUCUCUUCACAUGGAGGUUCCAUAUACCCACCAUAGGGAAAACAUCUUAGUUUAGUUUCAAUGUGUGAAUUUCGAAAAAUGUACAAAGUUUUUCUUUUUCUUUUACUGCAAAAUGUAACCUUAACCAGUUAGUACUAUAUGCAAGUACAAAUGUCACAAAUAUAUAGUAUAUAGUGUAGUAGUUUUUUGUCAGUAUCUUUUGUGUAUAGAUAUGCUAUGAGAAGCUUUUAGUACUAUUCUAUAUAUGUACUUCUUCAA